AUGGAACAAUUGUUGCGGAUUUUUGCAUACUUGGAUCAACACCCAAAGAUGACCCUAUACUUUGAUUGGAGAAUCCCAAACGCAGAUUUUUCUGGAGUCAAGUCAUCGUACAAAGAGUUCCGUACUCUAUACAGAGAUGCUGAGGAACAAUUGCCAUCGAACAUGCCAAAACCAAGAGGUAGGCGAGUGGGAAGCUUGGCAUACGUUGAUGCCUCGCAUGCAGCAAACAAGAAGACUCGUAGAUCGCAUACCGGCUAUGUCAUCUUCUUGAAUAGGGCGCCUAUUAUUUGGCACAGCCGGAGGCAGAAUACAGUGGAGGCCAGCACUUUUGGGGCUGAAUUCAUUGCUCUGAAAUCAUGUAUUGAAGCAAUUACGCAUUUACGCUACAAGUUGCGUAUGUUUGGGAUCCCACUGGAUGAGGAACCAACACAGGUGUUAGUGGACAAUGAAGCGGUUGUUAAAAACUCGUCACUGGUAGAAUCUACGUUGAACAAAAAGCACAAUUCAAUUGCUUAUCAUUAUGCACGUUGGAAUGUGGCAGCUCGGGUGAUUGCAGUUUCAUGGAUUGAUGGUGCAAUCAAUAUUGCAGAUGCAUUUACAAAGCGAUUAACACAAAUGAGGAGAGAAAACCUUUUUGGUUCUUGGAUUUCCUUUUACGAACGUCUAUCAACUUUCCUUUACCUUUAUCAUCCUCCUAGUAAGUCUAUCGCUACACGACGUAUUUUACAUUUUCCCGUGCCAUCUAAUCGGAAGAAAAAUCGAGCGAAAGUCAACAAGAAAUGGUACUACUAUCAUGUUAAAUCUAAAUCCUGGAAGCUCUGUGAUGAUCAGUCCAAGGCGACUAAUCGCCCCCAUGCACUCCUAUCUGGUGCUCCAACUCCAGCUCCAGCACCUGCAGCUCCAGCUCCCGCUCCUCCAGCGGCUGCGGCUCCUGUUGCUCCUGCUCCGCCCGUCAACCAAGUCCCCUCUGGCGAUGCCUCUGCUUUGACCGCUGCAACUUCUGCUACCAACCUUCCUCAGAUUCGUCAGCAGGUCUCUACCAUUGCCACAGGCAUGAACCAACUCAUUGAUCAAGUGAACCGUGCCACUUGA